AUGUACAAGAGCUAUUUGUACGCCGCGGCGGCGGCAGUCGUUGGGCGGCCAGCGAAUGCUCAGUCGCCCAGCUCGACCAGCAGCGAUGUUCCGGAUUACUACGUUACCGAGCCGGAGCUGCUUCCUGGUCCGACUCCGACUGGCGCUGCUGCUUUCCUCGCCAUGACCAAUCCGGCUCCAUUUGCAGGCGUGCCAUACAUCCCGAACUCUCCUCUCGAGACGCAGGUGCCUAUCAUGGGAAACACGGACAAUGGCAACAUCUUCCAGAUGCAUGGGCAGCUCAGCCAUUACUUCCCUAACCCGCUUGGUUUCGGCGUAGACGAGUACUCUUUGCCCAAGAAUGCAUCGAUUGUGCAGCUGAACAUGUUGUCUCGACAUGGCGCUCGAUACCCGACCACAGGUGCUGGAGCGACGGUCCUUGUCACCAAGAUCCUCAACUAUACUACUGGUGUACUUGGCAACGUCAAUUUCACGGGACCCCUGGCCUUCUUGAACUCCUACACGAACAAGCUGGGCGCGGAAAUCCUGACGCCUGUUGGAAAGCAAGAACUGUUCGACUCUGGAACUCUCCACCAGAUUAUGUAUGGUCACCUCUACCCCAACAACGGCUCCAAGAUCGUUGCUCGAUCGACUACUCAGGACCGCAUGCUGAAGAGUGCCGAGUACUUCCUUGCCGGUUUCUUCGGACUUGACUGGACUCAGAACGCAACCCUCGUUCUAGCACGGGAGAACUCUACCGGUAUCUUCAACAACACUCUUGCAGGAUACCAAAACUGCAACAACUCCAACACAUAUGUCAACCAGGGCGGCAACAACGCCACAAAGGAGUGGGCCGCCAUCUACUUGAAAAAUGCUACAGCACGACUGAACUCGUACGGACCUGAAUUCAACUGGUCCGUUACAGACACCUACAACGCUCAAUCGCUUUGUGCCUACGAAACCGUUGCUCUCGGCUACUCUGCAUUCUGUGGCCUGUUCACGUAUGAAGAGUGGGAGGGUUACGAGUACUCGGUCGACAUCAACUUUGCUGGCAACAACAUGUUCCAAAGUCCCACUGGUCGAGCUGUUGGAAUCGGAUAUGUCGUCGAGAUCCUAGCUCGACUGCAGCAUCACCUCAUUACACAGCCCACUGCUCAGAUCAACGUCACACUCGACAACAACACCGCGACCUUCCCUCUCAACCAAACCUUGAACUUCGACUUCAGCCACGACACAAACAUUGCCGGUAUCCUCACUGCUUUCGGCCUUACCCAAUUCGCCCCUCUCCUGCCCGCCGACAAGCUGCAAAGAAAUCGAUCCCUGAUUGUAUCUCACAUGGAGCCUUUUGCUGCCCGAUUGGACAUGGAGAUUAUCGAGACUCCACAACCACUUAGCGGCAACCGCAAGCACGGCAACAAGUAUGAAAAGGGUGGCGCGACGAGAUACAUCCACUUCAUUCUGAACCAGCGAACAAUCCCUCUUGGCAAGAGCUUCCACCAAUGCGGCGACCGAGAUGAUGGCUGGUGCGAGCUUACGACUUUCUUCGAGGUGCAGUCGACGAAGCUUCAAGAGGCGGAGUAUGAUUACAGCUGUAAUGGCGAAUACGCCGCCGUGCCGUAUGGUACCAUCACCAAUGGUGUGCCCCUUGCUAGCAAGUCCUCAUAA